UCAUUAUAAUGAAAUUAGAUCCUUUCCUUUUUAUAAAUAAGUGGUUAUAUUUCGUAUUAUUAUUUUCCAUUCAUUUGACCCGUUUAGGGUUUGCUUUGCCUUUUCUUCACUUGGGCUUUUAAAUGACCCUUCUUUUAACCAACACAUGCCAAGUAGCGGUGCUUGUCGCCAUUGAAGAAGGUUUGUUCUGUAUUGUAUUAAGAUUAAGAAUGUCGAUCGAUCGAUCGAUCGAUCGAUCAAUACGAUUGACCCGUGGAACUGAAAUAGGACAUGACUUUAUACCGUAUCCGGACCGCGAUCUAUUUAUUCACUGUCGUCUUCAUCUACCGUUGCCGGAACCGGUGGAUGAUCUCAUACCUCCGACGACCCUCAUUUCCACUCAACCUAUACCAUGUAGUACGACGCCAGUGUGGCGGACGACGUUGGCCUACUUUCUGUCAACGAAAAUCCUUAAAGGACUGAGGCGGCGAAAGACGCAAGUGACGUUGGAAAUUUUCACGUUAUCGAUGAAUGGCGACAAGGAAGAGUUGGGCCGAGUAUCACUACCUAUUAAUUUGGCCAAAAUGGUUCGCAUGAAUAGCCUUGAAAGGGAAGAACUGACGAUGAUCAAGGACUAUGUGGUCAACAAAGGCAGGUGGCAUCGAUUGAGUAAAGGCAACGCAGAGAUCAAAGCCGGUCUAUUCUUUGCGACGAUGCCCACUGUGGAUAUCGUACAAUCGAAAAGUAUGGCAAAACUUCAACGGACGCCACUCGAUGGCAUCACGGCGUCCCAGUUGGGACUUGAACUUUGUUCCGUCAGCACCAGUCCGUACCUGACCAAAUCGACCGGCACGUCGCCUUCCCUUCGAUCCAUUUACUGCCGGACCAAAGCAAAAGAUCAAAGGACGGCUGGCACGGUAUCUGAUUUUAUACAAGUGGGGACGGGCACCGACCAGUACACAUUUGUCCUUCGCAUCUUGGGAACCCGGGCACUGGACGCUUUUGAACGCCCCUGUCAAACCAUCGAAAAGGCUUAUUUUCGCUGCCAAGGUUUCGGUCGUUCGAUCAACUAUGCUGCACGACUGACUGAAACAGGGGACUGGGAAGGCCCCCACGCAUUUUGCAAGAUAGCCUUGCGUGGCAAGAAGGAAGAACUCGAGACGGUCAUUGAUGAGGAUCAGCAAAUUGUUAUUACUUUAUUCCUCCAACUAAAAGGGCACUCAACAUCUCCAUGGACGGACAUAAGCGAAGAAAGAACGGUCCUCGGAACCACCAGUAUAAGAAUGAACAGUUUGUUCUCAGCCGACAUACACAGAGUAGCUUAUCCAAUACGGGACGAACGCUAUAAAAUUCGAGUCAAGGACUUUAUGAUUGCCUGUCUCUUGCUGGAAGUCGGUCUUGAAGAAGGAUGGGACGAGCAAGACACAGCAGAAGGAGAAGGAAUGGAUGAUUUAUUUAAGCGUAAUGAAAAUAAACGCACGUUUGUGUAA